GGUGGCCAUGGCAACGCUAUCGCAAGUGGAGAGCGCUCUCGUUGACGUCAGAGGCGCGCGAGCGAAGGGCGAUGACGAAGGCGGAAGUGGUGCCUGUGAGCUGCUGCAGGAAGAUGCGCUGAGGGAACCUCGCGAUGGAGCUGCAAGAUGGUGGUCAAGAAAUGGCAGGUUCUUCAUCCACAAUUACACUGGGGAAGUCAAAGCUGGACACUCUGCCCAAAGAAGAUCUUAUCAAAUUUGCAAAGAAGCAAGUGGUGUUAAUACAGAAAGUGAAGUCAAGAUGCACAGAAUUAGAGAGAGAGAUUGAAGAGCUGAAAACAAAAUCUGUAGGAGGAACUGAUGACGUUAUACAGGCUCUCACAGAGAGACUGGAUGAAGUUCUUCUGGAAAAGGCAGAAAUUCAGCAACAAUGUCUCGCUCUUAAAAAAGAGAAUGUGAAAAGACAUCAAGAAGUAGAGGUUGCUCAGGCUAAGGAAGAAGAAAUGCAGAAGCAAGUUGCACAAGGAAACACCGCUUACCUGAAUGAAAUUGAAAGCCUUAAAAAUGAAAUUGCAACAACACAGUCUAAAUAUGCUGAAAUUAUAGCCUCACUGCAAAAGGAACUGCAUGAAGGACAGAAGAAACAAGAGCAGCUCACUGAACAGCUUGAAUGUUCUAGUAAUAAAUAUGAAGAAAUGAACAAACUACAUGAAGAGGUACAUCAAGCAAAAGCCAUCUAUGAAGAACAGAUAUUGGAACUAAAGAAACAACUGGAAGCUUCCAAUGAGGGUAAGAAAGAGGAAAUUGCCAAACUGCAAGGUGUUAUUGAAAGUAGUUCCCAGUAUCACCAAAAUGAAAUAAAGAAAUUAGAUGAAGAACUCCACAAACUGAAGACUACUCACCAGAAGGAGGUGUCAGAGCUGAAGCAUCAGCUUGAAACCUCUGCUAAAGCACAUGAAGAAGAGCGCAACAUAUUAGACCAACUAAAGCAGGACUUAUUAGAGGAGUACAGAGUAAAAGAGAAAAACGUGCAGGAUGAAUUACAUGCUUGUAAGGAAAAGUAUGACUGUGAACUGGAAUACAUAAGGCAAACUUUGGCUAAAGAUGAAGAAAUGGAGACUACCAUUGUAGAAUCGGAACCAGAGAUAGCCGCGAAGACCAAGCAGUUAGAAAAUGCUCUAAAGGAAUUGCAAUCUCAACACAGUAUACUAAGAGAUGAAUUGACCUAUAUGAAUAAUGUUAAAAUGAAACUAGAAGUAGAACUCCAACAUGCAAAGGAUGAAUACUUUCAUGAGCGGGAAGAUUUAGAGUUCAAAAUUAAUGAACUCCAACUUGCUAAAGAGGAUCACUGUUGUGUAACUGAGAAGCUAAAAUCUGAGCUUCAAGCAGUUAGAGAACAAUAUCAGAAAACUUUAAAAGAGAAUAGUCUGGAAAUCCAAGAAUUGGUUGAAAAACAUAGACGAGAUAUCUCUGAGAUUAAAGAAACAGUAUCCUGUACUUUACAGACAGAGAAUCAGUCCUUACUUCUUGAAAUACAAAAUCUGAAAGAACAGUGUCAAAAUCACAUAGAGGAGAAAGAAGAAGCAAUUUCUAGUUAUGAGAGUUUGCGACAAACUCUGGAGAAUUUGCAAACUGAGUUGGGGGAAUCAGCUGGGAAGAUAAGCCGAGAAUUUGAAUCCAUGAAGCAGCAACAGGCAUCUGAUGUUGAUGAACUACAGAAGAAGCUUAGAGUGGCUUUCAAUGAAAAGGAUGCUCUUCUUGAAACUGUGAAUCGUCUCCAAGAAGAAGUGGGAGAGUUUUCUUCCAAAAGAGAAGAACUAGAAGAACUGAGGCAUAAAAUAGAAGUAUUUAAGGAACAGAAUGAGAAACAUGUUGCUUCUCUUCAGCAGAAAGAUGCCUCUAUAAAAGAACUGGAAGAGAAGCUAAGGGAACUUUCCACACAGAACAGUAGUAUCCUCGAUGAAAUGAAGUGCUCUUCUGAGAAAAUAGGAAACCUUUAUGAAAAAUACAAAUUAGAGAAAGCAAGGGUGGUAGAACUUCAACAACAAACUGAGUCCCUUAAUAUUUGUAAACAUGACUUAGAGCAGCAGGCAGCAGAAUUAAUGGAGAAGCUAAAAAAUACUUCAGAGGAUCAAGAAAAGAAACAGCAAAAGCUGGUGGAAUUUGAACAACACAUUCAAGCUCUUCAGCAAGAUAAAGAAUCUCUUUUGUCUGAAUUAGAGGCUUUGCAUGGUGAAAAUAUUAAAAUAAAAGAAGAAACAGAGAGAUAUGUUAAGGAACUGGAAAGCUUUGCAUCUGAAAAAGCAGAACACCUCAUGUUUAAAGAGAAAGCAGAUAGCUUAGAACUGAAAAUGCAAACAGCAUGUGAAGAAAAAAACAAUUUGACUAAACUACUUGAGGAGGGAAAGGUCUUCAAAUCACUUGUCACAAACCAGUUGCAUGGCCUCCUUGAGAGAAUGGGUUCCAAAUACUCAGAGGAAAAUGACAGCGAUGAUGUUUUUGGCAUAUUGGAAACUGCAAACAAAUUCUUAGCAAAUAUGAAUCAGGAGGAACAAAAUCUGAUUUCACAGAAGGAUGAAAAUGUUGUUCUACAGCAAGAGAUGCAUAGGCUCCAAGAAGAAAAUAUGGCACAUUGUAUGGAGCUUAGAUCUCUGCUGGAGGAUUAUGAAAAGGAAAAAGGCCUUUUGAAAGAGGAGUUAGAAGGGGCUCUCUCAGAAAAAGAAGCCCUCCAACUAGAUAUCCAAGAGUUAAAACACAGCAUUGAAAAAGUCAGGAAUGAGAAUCAAGAACUUCUUGCCCGUAUUGACGAAAUGUCUGAACAACUUGAACUUCAUGAAAUCAAAAUUAAAGAACAAGAAGAAAAAUGGAAAGAAGAGAAAAAAACUCUAAGCCUAGCCUUGGAACAAAAAGAAGUGGAGCUGCGAAAUGUACAAGCCGAGCUUUCUUUGCUAAAGGGUUCUGUGGAAGACUCUUCUAAUGCUGAGCAACAGUCAUCAGGUACACAAAUAAUAGAUCAUUUGGAAAAGCAGCUGAAAGAAAAGGAAGAAAAAAUAAAUAAAAUUAAAGCAGUUGCUCUGAAGUUAAGGAAAGAAUUGGAAUCUAGCAGGAAAGAGGUGCAGGCAUUGAAAGAAGAACGGACAAUGUCACAGCUGGAGAAAGAGCAACUAUCUAACUCAAUGGGGGACAUUAUUCAAGGAGCUGAGAGCUAUAAGAAUCUUUUACUAGAGUUUGACAAACAAGCUGAACAGCUGGAUUUUGAAAAAGAGCGAAUUCGAAAUUAUGAAUGGCAAAUUGAUGACCUUACAAAACAGCUGGAGAAUUCAACUCAGCAGCAAGACCAGUAUCGUUCUGCUAAUGAAGAUCUCUUGACUCGUAUCGAGACACUACAGACGAACACCAAACUAUUAGAAAGCCAGCUGUUAGAAACACAGAAAGCCAAAGCAAAAGUUGAUAAAGAACUUGAAGCUGAAAAACUUCUAAAAGAACAAAAAAUAAAGGACCAUGCUAAUGCUGCAAAAGAAGUUGAAGAACUCCAACUACAACUCCAAAAAGAAAAGAAGCAUCUUCAAAAAGUGUUAGAAGAGCUGGAAAUGGCAAAGAAGGAUGCCCAGAAAAGUACAUUGAUGGACAUGGAAAUAGCUGACUAUGAACGUUUUGUAAAAGAACUUAAUCAGAAAAUUACUGACAAAAGCAGCAGAAUUGAAGACCUCGAGCAAGAGAUUAAAAUCCAAAAACAGAAGCAAGAAACUCUACAGGAAGAAAUCAAGUCAUUUCAGAGUACUGUACAAGUAUAUGAGGAAAAGAAUUCCAAAAUCAAGCAGCUUCUGGUGAAGACAAAAAAAGAGUUGUCAGAUUCAAAGCAAGCAGAAAAUGAACUUCUCAGACUUCAAGCAUCGUUAAAGGGAGAAUUGGAAGCAAGUCAGCAGCAAGUGGAAGUUUAUAAGAUUCAGUUGGCUGAGAUUACUUCAGAAAAACACAGAAUUCAAGAUCAUCUGCGGACUUCGCUAGAUCAACACCAGCGAGUACUGAAUACUUACCAGCAGAAAUUGGCAGCUUUCCAAGAAGAGUGCAGUACAGCAAAGGCAGAACAUGCUGCUGUUACAUCUGAAUUUGAGAGCUACAAAGUCCGUGUACAUAACGUUUUGAAACAGAAGAACAAAAGUUCCCACUCUGAGACUGAUGUGACAAAGCAAGAAAGAGAACACAUGGAAAAGGUAAUAGACCAAUUGAAGAUCAAAUUGCAAGACACUCAGCAUAACCUACAAAUUAACUUAACCGAGCUGCAAGCGCUACAGUCUGAACAUGACACCCUGCUGGAAAGGCACAACAAAAUUCUUCAGGAAACGGUGGCAAAAGAAGCAGAGCUCCGUGAAAAGCUCUGCACAAUCCAGUCCGAAAACAUGGUGAUGAAGUCAGAACAUGGGCAGAUUGUGAGCCAGCUGACAGCCCAAAAUGAAACUCUUAGGAACAGCUUCCGUGACCAAGUCAGACAUCUACAAGAAGACCACCGGAAGACAGUGGAGACAUUACAACAGCAGCUGACCAAAGUAGAAGCCCAACUCUUUCAACUCAAAAGUGAGCCAAGCACAAAAAGCCCUGCUGCUUCCAGCAUACCAGCAAAGAGUUUGCGAGAACGAAAGAGUGCUGACCUUCCUCUUCUUGACGUCCACACUGUCACUAGGGAGGAGGGUGAAGGAAUGGAAAUGACUGACACAGAAUCUGUAUCUUCUGCCAGUACCCAUAUACCAUCCUUAGAACAGCUGCUUAAUACCCCAGAAACAAAAUUUGAACCUCCACAAUGGGAAGCAGAGCUUACAAAAGAACAAUUGAUCCAGAAAUUGAAUACCACAUCAAAGAGUGCUGAUCAUUUAAAUGGAUUGCUUCGUGAAUCAGAAGCAACGAAUGUAAUUCUAAUGGAACAAAUAAAGCUUCUUAAAAGUGAAAUAAGGCGCUUAGAAAGGAACCAAGAACGAGAGAAGUCUGUUGCCAAUCUGGAAUAUUUGAAGAAUGUUCUCUUACAGUUUAUAUUUCUAAAGUCAGGCAGUGAAAGAGAGAGGCUUCUUCCUGUCAUAGACACCAUGUUGCAGCUGAGUCCUGAAGAGAAAGGAAAACUUAUUGCGAUUGCUCAAGGUGAAGAAGAGAGCACAUCACAGCCAUCUGGGUGGGCAUCGUAUUUGCACAGCUGGUCAGGACUCCGAUAAGACUCUUGUUAUUCAAACAUUCAGAUUCUGGAAUUGCACUGGGAGGAACACUAAAGAAUGAACCAUAUAUAUGUGUAGCAAGGGUAACUCUUGUUGAUUUUUCUGUUGGUGAUUUUAUAUCUUGUUUUUGACUUAAGACUCAAGGAAUAGUCAGGGUGUAGAUUCAUUUAUAUAUUUAUUUUUCUAUAAGUAUAGGAUCUCUGAUGCAGCCAUGCAGGUUUCUUACCUGCAAGAGAUGACUCUCUUGCUCAUUAGAGAAAGCAGAUUAGCACACAGUUCUUCUGUGUUUGAAGCUCUCUCCCCUGGAAAUGAGCCUUUAAGUUAGCACAUAGAAACAUUUUGUAACUACCUUGGAACUCUAAAUUGGUAUUGCCUCACUUCAAGAAACAAAAAAAAGUGAGCUAUGCAAUUCAGUGAUUAGCUUGUAAAACCAAAUAAUUUGUUGUUUUUUUCCACCCCGACAUUGCUUCUUUAAUUCCAUCACAUAAAUAUUUUACUCAGUGAGAGACCUUGAAACAUAGUUUUAGAAUUGCUUGUUCAUCUCAAGGCAAGAGAGGAAUACAAAAAAUGAAGUAUUUGGCUCUCUGCCGUACCUUCAAUUUAUUCAAUACUAGGAAUGUUGCCAAAUGUAUUUAGUGAUUCCUCCAGCUAAUAAGGUAAUGCCUGGUGUUUGGGACAUUGCUGUGUCAGAUCCUUCAAAAUGUGCAUUAAAUCAGUAGUUAAUGAGUACUGAGGACAGGCUACUUCAAUAACUUUAAAAAGCAAAAUACUAAAAGGUUCUCUAAAGAUUAGUAAACUGCACUGUGUUGUGGCACUUAAGUCCCUCUUAAUGGCAGUGUAUUAAGCUAGUCAUAAUGCUUAAGGAUAGUGUAAGAGAUAUUAAAGAUAGAAUAGCUUGUAAAAUCCAAAUCUUGAAUAAAAUGAUAAUCAUAAAUAUGAGUGCCUUCUAGACUUCCAGUUAUGAACUUGAUCUCUGAGCCCUGAUUUAACAUUUAAUUUCUCUUCAUAUAAAAUGGAGGUGCAGAAGUUCAUAGGGUAGAUCCAGAUUUAUUCAUACAGCAGACCAGUCAUAUAGACUUCCAGAUACCGAACUGCAGCUUCCAAUAUUUGUCACUAUUGGCUAUGCUGGCUAGAGCUACUGGAACUUAUAGUCCAGAAAUAUCUGCAAAAUCACACAGUUUACACUGCUUGGGUAGAGUUAUUGAAAUUUGUCAUAAAAACGUAAGUUACAUUUGUUUCAGUGUACCUGCACUAAACAUAAGUCUGGAUCUAACAACUGUUUGAACUAUAUCUUCUGCCCUCUCCUGCUUCCCCACAUAUGCCAGAAGUUUAAUUAUCUCCUUAGUUUAAUACAAAUAUAUAAAUUGGAUUGAGUAAAGGGAGGUCUGCAUGAAGUUGCUGGCCAGUUGGCUAAGUCAGAAAUUCUUGUUUGAAAUUCCUGGUAGAGAUUCCAAUGUAUAUUAAUUGAUGCUACUUACAAACUCAUUCAGUGUAAUCAAAAAUACAAGUGUUUACUCAGGGUGUUUAUAGAGGAGUUAAGUGAGGAGGCAAUAGUCAAAGAAGAUAGGUAUGAGUAGAUCUACUCUACAGCUAUGUGGGAGUCUUCUCCAAGCGAAUUGGUGUGUCUUGUAAUCCACAAAUUUGAACUCAUAUUCUCAGAUGAAGGAAGCAUAGCAGACUAUACUAGGUCUUUCAACUGUUGCAUCAAACUAUAACAUGAUUUAGAGAUAUGAAAUCUUUGAAAUAUUUGUCAGCAGUAACAACAAGUGUGCAGUUUUAUUUGUUAUAUCAGAAAUAUAUUUAUGCCACUUUGAUGACACAGGCAGUAGAGGAAAUCUCAUUUAUUUCAGCAUUCAAAUUGUAAAUGUACCAGACUCAUAGUGACAUCUGCACUACAGUAACUAUUCAGAACACAGCCAUUUUGCAUGUUGUCAUUAAAGGUCGCCUUAUCUCACGACAAGUAAUGUAACUGGAAUUUUUUAAAGUUCUUGUCAGAAUAGUAAAAAAUCAGAUAUUGUGGGUUAUGCCCUGCCAUAUACUUUUACAUGUUUAAACUCAGCAGGUAAAAUGUCUUUGCACUUUCUCUAAAAGUUCACUUUUUCAGAGGUAAAUGUUGGCUACUGAUGAGAUGUAGUUUACCUACGUACACAAUGUGUUAAGCAACUGUGACAAGAUGAAUAUUUUGCCUUUUUAUCAUAGUCAUUUCAAGCCUGUUUUAUUGUUUCAAACUGUGAAUAACUUAUGCAUAUAGUUUAAUUUUGUUACUCUCCAAAUUCAACUGUAUGUUCAAUAUAUUAAUUACAAUAUUACACUUGUGGAUGUAACAUUAAUUGCAUGUUCUAAACAUAACCUUUUGCUAAACAGAAAGGUUUAGAAAUCUGGACAGGGGAUGAAAUUUUCAGAUUAAAAUAAAAAUACAAAAAUGAC